AUGUCGCACGGCAAGGAGAAUGUCUACGACGAUCGACCACCGCCGACUAAAGCCUCGUUGCUGAGAUGGUGGAAGGCCUUCACCGCCAAGACAUCGUCGUCCUCGAACAACACGAACCUUCACAGAUCGUCGUCGUCGUCGUCGUCGUCGGCGAACCACAAGAUGACGCGUGCUCGAGCCUCGACGGCGCCGGGCGCUGUCUCGGGCAACCCGACCGCCGUUACGAGACCGUACCAACCUCCUGGACGUGGACUGGCCAAGGGGAAAUCGGGCGAAGGGAGGGUCUUUGGUGUUUCGCCCGAACAGAGCCUCAAAUACGCCGCCGUGGCUAUCUCGACCGUCUCUGCGUGGGUCUUAUACGUUCAUCGCCCGUCACCGCGUUCGCGGAUCAUCGAGAAAAAGCCAACUGACCCUUCCCACAUUCGUCCUCUCCCAUUACGAAACGGUAUUACAGCGAUGGAAAACCAUAUGUUUACGGUUAUGUGCCCAUCGUCGUGGCCAAGUGUGGCAUGAUGCUCAAGGAAUCAGGUUCGUCCCUCGGCAGCACCGUCGUCACGACCCCAUUUCCUCUCGUCUCUGUUGGCUGACCAGGUCCCGAAUCUCGUCCCUCGACCGACGACAUGUACAUGUUCCGUACAGCAACCGCGACGGAAGGCAUAUUCAGGGUAUCUGGAUCCAACAAGCGCAUCAACCAGUUGCAGGAACUGUUCGAUCAACCCCCGCGCUACGGCAAGGACCUCGAUUGGGCCGGUUUCACCGUCCACGAUGCCGCGAGCGUACUUCGGCGGUACCUCAACAUGAUGCCCGUGAGUGAUUUCAACGAAUGAUGACUUUUCAGUUCGAGUCAUCGUGGCCAAUGAGGAGAGAGGCGGGGAACGCUGAUAUCUUCCCGUCUAUUCCUGACGUGAUCCACGAUAGGAACCUGUCAUUCCCGCGAACCUUUAUGUCGACUUUGUUCAUGUCCUUCGUACGUCUGAGUGCUUCGGGAGUGUACAGAGCUGUUGACUGACUUCUCUACGAUCGGGCACGCGUCGCACUCGAACAGAACGAGGCCUACCCGAGGAAGCUUGCAUCGCCGAAUACCAACGCCUCAUCUCGCUCUUACCCCCGACAUCACGAUACCUUCUCCUUUACCUGCUCGACUUCCUCUCCGUCUUUGUGCGCUCGAGCCACCUCAAUCUCAUGACCGCGUCGAACCUCGCCGUCGUGUUCCAACCUGGACUCGUCUCGACGCGUCGAGAAGGAACCGGCGAAGGCGCGCUGCUCGGUUUCCCCGGUUUCCUGGAUGGCAAGGUGCCGACGAACCCGACGGGCCCAACCGUAUCGAGUGGUGCGGGUGCUCAGGCGAGACAAGGCGCGGGUGAACAUGGGAGGGGCAAGGAAGUGCUCGAAUUCUUGAUCGAGCAGCAGAGUCGGUUCAUGAUUGGGUUGGAACCGCCAACGUCUUCGGCUUCGGCCGCGGCGGCGGCGACGCAGGCAGCGGCGAGUUGGAAUUUGACACCGAGGACCUCAUCGAACAUCGCAGGCAACAAGGCGAAUGUACAGGCUCCACUCUCGACUUCGACGCCGAAGGGAAGAUCGAACGUCGUCGUCGGACCGCGAUCGAGUUCCAAGGGCAAAAAGAGGGAUGAAGGGGACGACAGCCUUGAACCUCCUUCGGCGGAGGCGCAGCUGUAUCGGCGUGGGAGCGAGAGGAGCGUCGAACGUCGUAGGUUGAGGAAGGCAGCGGAUGGGUCGAACGCUAAAGUUAAGAGGUCAAAGACGUUGCCGGGGAGGGAUUCGUCGUUGAUUGAUCAGCACCAGCACCACCAUCACCACCAACAGCCACAGCAUUUACCGGUGGAGUCGAAUCGUGGGAGAGGCACGGGAGAACAGCAGGACUUACCGAUGUUGAUGGUUGGGUCGGUGCCGAUGAGGAAGAGCGCCAGUGGGAGUUCGAGUCAGGGAAGUCCAAGACCGCACAAGGCACCACCGCUCUUGUCAUCACCACUACCAACCCAGACCCCUCCUGGAACGUCGAGUCCUUACGCCAAUGCCGAUUCAAAACCACGAGGGAUCUCGGCAAGGAGAACAUCAACCAGUCAACCCGACAUCGCGGUCCCCUUACCGAGGAAAUCGUCCAUGACCGCCGCUUCGACCCAAACCUUGCUCAACAACAGUUUACCGAGCGCGACGAUGGUCAUGCCUAGUGUCACCUCGACGCAGUCAUCGACGAAGGUUUUGGUGCCUCCUCCUUUGGCCCCGGCGGUGUCGAGGCAGUCGUUCGAGACAAUGUAUACUGCGCAAAGUCAGCGGAGCGAUUCGAUGGAUGUUACGGGACCGACGGCGCCGGUGGCUGCGGCUGCUUUGCCGAGAUGGAUCCCGCACCAUGAGAAUGCGGAGGCGACAGGCGGUGAGGAGGGUCGCUAG